GUUACUUUUUCCUCCCAUCUUCUUCCUCUUCUUUUAUUUUCCUCCCUUUUUUCUUUUACAAGAUAUCCUUCUCCCCCCCUUUUUUUUUCUUUUAAAAAAGAAUAAUAAUAAUGUCAUUAUCUGCAGCAAAAUUAACCACCACAACUAAUGACAAUGUAAUAAAAGUCAUUCCUGAAAAAAAGCCAAUUUCAUACCAAACAUUAUUACUUGGUGCAGGCUUGAAUCUAUUUGAAACUUCCUCUUUGGGGCAACCAUUUGAAGUUAUGAAAACACAAAUGGCAGCAAAUAGAGGACAACCAAUGUGGCAAGGAUUAAAGGCAAUCUACGCUAGAGGUGGUGUUCUUGGUUUCUAUCAAGGCCUAAUCCCAUGGGCUUGGAUAGAGGCAAGUACAAAGGGUGCAGUUUUACUAUUUACAGCGGCAGAAUUAGAACAUCGCUCUACUGUUGCUGGUGCCUCUCCGUUUGUAGCUGGCAUUAUUGGUGGUAUGGGCGGAGGUAUUGCUCAAGCAUAUAGUACAAUGGGCUUUUGUACAUUUAUGAAAACUGUUGAGGUCACUAGACAAAAAUCAGCUGGCACUGAAUCUACAUUUAAAAUUGCUGCAACCAUUUUUAAAAAAGAAGGUAUUCGAGGUAUUAAUAAAGGCGUAAAUGCAGUUGCGCUUCGUCAAUGUACCAAUUGGGCUUCGAGAUUUGGAUUUGCGCGAUAUGCUGAAGAUGCCAUUGUUAAAUAUAGACAUGGUGAAAAAGGAUUAGCUGAUAAUAUGGACAAGAUAUUGGCUUCUGCUUUUGCAGGUGCUUUGUCAUGUUGGAAUCAACCUCUUGAAGUUAUUCGUGUUGAGAUGCAGAGCCAAGUGAAAGCAGAAGGUCGUCCCGAUAAAAUGACAAUUAGUAAUGCUACAAAGUAUAUCUACAGUAAAAAUGGUUUGAAGGGAUUUUACCGAGGUGUGGUUCCUCGUAUUGGUCUAGGUAUUUGGCAAACCUUAGUCAUGGUCGCAUUAGGUGAUUACUUCCGUGCUCGUUUGUAAAGUAAUGCUAUGGUUGUUAGAUAAAACAUGUAAAGAUCUGUUUUACUAUUCAACAUGAUAAUAAAACACUCUUUUUUUUAUGCUAUCCUUCUUAUAUAAUAAAAAAGAAAAAGUGGAGCAUUUAUCUCAUUAUAAA